AUGAAGGACGUUGCACUUCUUUCUGACAACGAGCUUCGCAAUGAGCUUACGAAAUAUAACGUAAAUGUUGGUCCAGUAAGUGGUACAACAAGGUCUUUAUACGAGAAGAAACUUAUAAAAUUACGGAAGCAAGGGUUACCAGAGGCAUCAGUCACAUCACUUGUAAAGCCAAAGGUCACCCCUCCUUCUAAACGUUCUAUUUCAAAAUCGCCAUCGAGAAUGUCUUCUGUUACACGGAGCUCUACUCUCUCUGGCCGUAAGAUGAACCGAUCCGAAAGUGAAGAUGGUUCGGAUUCGGAAGCCGUAUCACAAGUUUUGCACCACCCGAGAGUAGUGACUUCGACUCCAGAAGCUCUCCUCGAAAACACAACUUAUGUUCGUCCAAUUCCAUCAAAAGCGAAAAUGGAUUAUAACGAGAGUGAGUGCGCGUAUUAUUCCAUGCUAUUCUUUGUGGAACGCAGAGAGCGCAUUGGCCGGAGAGGGAUUUUGCCUAGAUUGAGCCCAUCAUUUGGGCUGUCCGGUCCCUUAAACGACAUUACUGUCUAA